GAAGAAAACUGCGAAAACUUGAUUUGCUGCAAAAAUGGCGUUUCGCACUGCUUUACAGAGAUUGAACUCUUCAUCAACCCUUCUCUCCAACUUCCUUAAUACAGGCCGUACUGUUUCCGUUGCGCCGUUAACAUCUCGUUUUCUGAGCUAUAAGAGUAGUCAUGUUUCCGUUGUGGACUCUAACGAAGAAAGCUUUACUAUCAAUGCACUUGGAGGUUCUUUUCCUCGCUCUGAUCAGUUCCCUAUUCAACGUGGUGCAUCUGAUCAGUACAUGGAAAACCCGUUCCAAAUUUCUGGACCUCGAGGGUCAUACGAGGCGAAGAAUGUGGAUGAGGGAAUGUUUGUGAGGAUGGAAAUGCCGGGUAUUGAUAAAGAAGAUGUGAAGGUGUGGGUUGAAUAUGGGAAUAUCUGCAUAAAAGGUGAUGGAAAGAAGGAGUCUGAGCAUGAGGACAGUGGAAGAACUUACAGUGCCAACAUUGAGAUCUGCUCGAAUUCGUUUCAGCCUCAGUAUAUGGAAGCUGAGAUGAAGAAUGGUGUUCUUAGGAUGGUAAUACCCAAGUCCAAGACUUCUCAGAAGGUGACUGGCUCUUAUGAGAUAAAAGUUAAGUAAGUCUGCUUAGGAAUAUCAUGUCAUUGGUCUCAUUAGGUGGAUAGUUAAGUAUAGAUAGAAGAUUAUUAAAAGUACUUGCGUACAGAUACCUUCUUAGAUAUUGAAAAAUCAACUCUUGCUGAG